GCCGUCGCGUGCGUAAUGACAUCUCAGUCUCCUGCAGACCCCGGAAGUGCAACUCGAACUUGGUCGGGGCGCGGAUCCCGAGAGGGAAAGUCAUAACAACCGCACGAGGGAGUUCGACUGGCGAGCUGGAAGGCCACGCCUCCUCCCGCCUCCCCCCGCAGCCCUGUAGCUGGGGGCAGAGCUCAGACUGUCUUCUGAAGAUUGAUGUCUAUUUCCUUGAGCUCUUUAAUUUUGUUGCCAAUUUGGAUAAACAUGGCACAAAUCCAUCAGGGAGGUCCAGAUGAAAAAGAAAAGACUACAGCAUUGAAAGAUUUAUUGUCUAGGAUAGAUUUGGAUGAACUAAUGAAAAAAGAUGAACCACCUCUUGAUUUUCCUGAUACCCUGGAAGGAUUUGAAUAUGCUUUUAAUGAAAAGGGGCAGUUAAGACACAUAAAAACUGGGGAACCAUUUGUUUUUAACUACCGGGAAGAUUUGCACAGAUGGAACCAGAAAAGAUACGAGGCUCUAGGAGAGGUAUGUCACAUGAGUCUUCAACUUUGUUUUUUCCAGUUUUGA